GGCACCCUAGCUAAAUGACGUCACUAAAAAUAGCUGUUGCAGGCAUAGUCGCCAUUUUGGCUCAAAUCUAAGUUAAGGUUUUUUUAAUGCUUUGCUACCGUUAACCUUUUUCAUUUGCACGGUAUUUUGGGUCAUUUGUGUCCCAGUCUCACCUCUGAUAUCAAGAAGUUUCAGGACAGUUUGGUUAAUUUUCUAUUUCCUGCAACUUAUCCCGUAAACCAGAGUUGGGAGCUUCACUUAACUUCUGUACAGGUAAAAAAAUGGGAGGAUGCUCGGCUCCAAACUGCUCCAACUCUACAACGAUUGGGAAGCAGCUUUUCCGUUUUCCAAAAGAUCCAGAGCGAAUGAGGAAGUGGGUCAUCAAUUGUCGACGUGAUUUUGUACCGACUCCGUGCUCUAGGCUGUGUCAGGAUCACUUUGAGGAGAGCCAGUUUGAAGAGAUAGCCAGAUCACCCGCAGGAGGAAGGAAACUCAAGCCCAACGCCAUCCCCACUCUCUUUGACGUGCCCGACCCCCCCUCGCCUAUCUCUGCAGCUCUGCCACCCCUGAAAGCAGAACCCGCAGAGAAGGAGCAGACCCUGGUGGACCACGGCUACGCCCGGCGGCAGCCCAGAGGCGGCGAGGCGGACGAGGCCGAGGCCGGCGGCCAGCGGAACGAGGAGGAGAUCGCCUGCAGGCUGUGCCAGCAGUACAAGGCGCAGCUGGAGCAGCAGCAGCAGCACACGGCGCGGCUGCAGAGAGAGGCUGAAGAAAUGAAGAAAAAACUGAAUAAGCUCAACAAAAUAGAGAAGGGUCUGCAGAUGUUCCUGUUCGACGAUCAGAUCCGGGCCCUGACGCUGGCCAAGCGCUCCCGCAGGGCGGUGUGGUCUCAGGAGACGGUGCUGACCGCCAGGAGGAUCCGAGGCGCCGUGGGGGUGAAGGGCUACGAAUUCCUGCGAGAACUGGGGUACCCCCUCCCAUCCUACAGGACUCUGUGUAACCGAGUAGAGCCCAAGAUGAUGGGGCCGCCAGCGAUGGAGGAGGAAGUGGCCGCCAUCGGGCUCUGAGAGGUCGCCUGUGUUUUCUCAUGCGGCUCUGGACUUUUGAGCUGGACUGGCCCCUUCGUAAGGAGCACAGAGAGAGGGCAAAAAAAAAAAAACCUCUUCACAUUGAACACGUUCCUGCAAUUGUCUGUGAAGAGCGCCGGUUUAAAGAUGUUCCAUGCAGGUCAUUACUUCUUGACAGAAAGAUGCUACGCUUAUAAAGCUUAUUAAUAGGAUACUACUGAAAUCCAGAGGGGGUUUUGUCCUGCUAAAAUGAUUGUUAUAUCAUUUUGUUUAGGCUGUUUCGGUGUGUGGUUUAUCUUCAACCAUACUUAAUUGAAAAUUAAAGAAACACUUUUUUAUGUUUGAAAAUAGGUUCUUCCUAGGGCAAUUAUAAACUCCAUUGAACUGACUUUUAAAUAACCGUAUCCUUGGCUGUUAUUGGCCAUUCUCAAUCAUCAGUCGUGGCCUUUUAACUUAUUUUUAUAUGUGUUUAUUGUGGAGUUCAAGUAACCUUCAUGACCUUUCUUUAAGUAAUGCUUCAGUUUCUAUUCAUAGGAGGGCUUAUGAUCAAAGAACGAUCGCAUAGAGAAACAGUUAGGCUAUUAAUGAUUCAUAUGAGCUUGAUUUUGAUCUGAGAGUCAUGACUUGUCACUACAAAUUGUAUGCCAAGGACAGUGACUUUACCUGUACAGCGUGAACUGUUGCAGUUCUAUUUUUUUGUGAAUGAAGUACUGAGUGUUACUGUGGAUGAGUGGGGAAUUUAAACCUUAAUUUGGAUAAGGUAUAACUGUAGGAUUUCCCAUUGAUGUGUAAGCAUGCCAUU